CAAAUUUAAAUCAUUCACUCGUUGGACUCUACAGCGGUAACACGCAACAAGAUAAUCAUUUCUAGUAUCCAUAUUUAAAUUAAAUCUUUUAAAAUGAAAGUUUACUCCAUCCUCGGUAACAAGAAGAAAGUAACUAUGGAAUCAAAUCCUACUCGUCUGAAAGUCGUUGGAAAUAACUGCAUAGUGAGAGUGACGAAAAAUCAAGGAGAAAUUGAAGUUAUCGGAAAUGACUGCAAAGUGGAAGUGAUUGAUAAUAUGGGAAACAUUAGCGUCGUUGGCAACGGAGGCAACGUUAUGAUUUGCAAGAGAUGGAAAGGCGAUAAAGUCUCUCUGGUCGGCCCGAACUGCCAUCUUAUGGUGAACGGGAAGGACAAAACCCCGCCCACUUACGAAGCCCAACUCUCACCGUUCAGCAAAGAUCUGGAUGACGUCAUCGAAUCCAUCUUCUCAUUUGUGAUGCGAUGAGUGUCAAUGUAACAUCAAGUAACAUACGCUUGAUUGUUUUUAAUCGUGUUAGAUUUCUCGCCAGAGGAAUUAAAUGGCUUUAACUGUACCCCAAGUGAUAGUGUUUCGGCUCUGCUUCAGCUCAGUAAACCAGGGGAAGGAUAUUUGUACCUGUGUUAUUUUAUAAUAAAAUCGUUCAGAAAUUUAAAAAAAUAAA